CAAUUUUGUCAAACAAACAUGGUUGACGAUGAGAGCUUCACGAUUUUGUUUGGUGGUUUAUCUGCAGCUCUUGUUCCUUUUCGUUGAUUUGUUCAUCAAUUCUUUUGGAGAGCUGUUCCGUACUGCCGAUGUCGUUCUUCUCGUAUUGUACAUAAUUCAAGACCUGUGCAUUAUCUUUGCUAUCAUUGUGGUAUUCUUGGUGUUUUUCAACACAUACAUUUUUCAAGCUGGAUUGGUGUCCCUCUUAAUCAGAAAGUUCAAGACAACCAUAAUUAUCUCUGUAUUGUACCUAGCAUUAUCUGUGGGCCUUCAUGUAUGGACCAUGACUUUAAAAUGGGGUGAUCCUCGAAGGUUUGUUUGGAAUGAAGCUUUCCAAGCACUCUUUGUUUUUCAACGAGUUGGAGCUGUUUUGUAUUACUACUUCUACAAAAGAACAGCUCUACGGCUGGGAGACCCAAGAUUUUACAAAGACUCACAAUGGUUACGAGAAGAAUUUGCAAGGACUCAUUAAUAAUUAUCCACUGUUUAAACCGUUGAAAUAUUUAAUAUACUCCCUCUAACCAAGAGAGGAUAAUGUUAGACGCUUGCAGAAAGAAUUCAUUGUAAAUGUAAGAAUUUCAUCAGUUGCUGUAAAGUAGAAUGUAAUAUCUGCAACUGUGUUAUCAAGAUGUUACAGCAACAAUGUUAUUACAGUGCUGUGUGGAAAUAGGCAUGACUGAUUAUUUCCUGGCUGGACAAGUUUUAGUCUUAAUAUCAGGAGGAAAGUGUGAAGAGGAAAGCGUGAAGAGUAAAUGCAUUGGCUAUAGGAAUGCAUGAAGGUUAAGAUAUGAAUGGAAUUAUGGAUUAUUUCAAUAGCCCCACUGUUAUGUUUUACAACUCUGCAGCUCAAAUUGAUUCAAUGCUGGAUCAGAGAAUUCCAUUAUGAAAUUUCAAUGACACGUAUUUUAAAACAAUUGCUUUUUCCGUUCUCUCUCUCUUUCUCUGAAUUGCUGUUUAUACCUCAACUUUGCACCUGAAAGCCAUUUGAAAUCAUAUAAUGCCUUGUUUUGUUAGUUAGUCAAUCAGAAUGUGAGUUUGCCUUAAAUUACAAUUUGAGAAAUAAGACACUUAAAUUUUACAACCAUGUUUCUGCAGACAUCAUCUUCAGUGUGACUGAAAUUACCAUCUCUUUGAAUUUAUAUAUUAGUACAUUCAUAUACAAAAAUAGGUUACCACGGAUGCCUAAUAAUGAAUUGCAUUCAGAAAGAUUAAAGAGUGAUGAAAGCAAACUGAUGUUAACUGGCCAGACGUUGAAACUACUUACAAGGAAAUUUAAUUUUUUUUUCAAUAGCAAGUUUUAGGGGAUUUGAACAAUAGAUAUUUAAUAAUAUUAUUAAUCAUUCCCUGUAACCACACAGUAAUUUAUAGUGUGUAAACGCAGUCAACUACAUCUUGAUGUUGGAUUUGGGGCUAUUCAGAACAUGUAAAGUACAUUGAUGUUAGCCUUGGACUAAGUUAUUUAAGCAAAUCCCACAUAGUGUGAAUACGUUCGUACGAAAAUGUAGCUGGAUCCAUUUAACCAUUGUUUAUUUGACCGGCAGCAAUGUUUUCCAAUAUGUGGAUUAUGAGCUGUGCUAUGUAAAGGUUUAAGCUGAAUUCAAAGUGAAGUAUUAGCAAAAUAUAAAGUUAUUCUCUCCUUCCAAAUUAAGGAACAGUUGUUUCAUAUCAAUAUUAAUUAUAAUACUAUAGCAUUGUGAUUUUUAAAAGUCAAACCAUGGAUAUCUGUUCUGACUGCUGUAUAUAGACUACAAAAUUUCUCUUCCAUAAAAAAUUUAAAUGUUAGGUUUCUUUUAUUAAAAUGUUUGAUGUAAAAUA